UAUCUUGGUUGCCAAGACACAGUCUUCGGCGUAGCCGUCUUUAAGUCUUGUUUUGUAAAGUGUGCAGGACCUCAGUUCUUAAUCAUGUCUAGAGUUAUACAAAUUGAGAACACAAUAAGAAAUGUUGUGCGGGAAACUAUUAGCAAAUGUGCAGACAGAGGAGUUCAUUUAUCGGACGCUUUAGCUCAAUAUGUGGUAGAGCUGAUAGCAUUGGACCCAACUCAGCACUUUGUUGUAGAGGACAAACCACGGAAAGAUAUUGCUGAACAUUUGGUACAAAUUUGUGUAGAUAAACUGUGUCAAAAGACUCCCUCUUUGGCAACUUUAAAAAUGCAGGUUCAUUUUGAUACAAACUUUGUACCUAAAGCUAAUUUAGUGAUAACUAAUCGCACAAAAAGGAAACAGAAAACAAGUGUGAUAUUGAAGGAAAUUUCAGAAAUAACAGCAAGGACAAGAGAAGCGCUGAAAAAAAUAUAUAGAAAACUUGUAAUUGCAGUAACAAUUUACUCUGGGCUAGGCAGUCCUACAAAUAUUUCUGUAUUACAAGAAACAAGUGAUGCACUUCAGAGUGUUUUCCCUUUGAGUGAAUUGGAAAAAUUUCUCUGCCUUCCACAUAAAGAGAAAGAGCACCGUGUUACUGAACUUUCUCACAUUGUGGCAGGCAUUCGGCUAUUCAACAAAGACUGUGAGAGAGGAGGUGAAGGGAUAGAAAACUUACCAGUAAUGUUACAGGAGACAAUAACUUACCUGCAAGAGAGCAUUCAGAGAAGCCUUCACCGUUUGAUGGAACUCAUUUAUUUGCUGACUCUUUCUGUUGAAAAUGGUAUUAAAUAUGUUUCAUGUUAUGAUUUAAAAGCUGCAAAGGAGUCACUUGAAAGUGAAGAUAGUGGUUCUGAUACUGAAACAAAGAAAAAACCGAAUGAUGUCAAAAGUGCAGAUGGAAGCACAGAAAAAAUAAGGGAAGAAGCAGCAAGUAAAGGGAAGUUUUAUGAUAAGACAGAAAAACACAAAAAAGAUGAAGGUACACAUGUGAAUACAGGAGAAAAUGGCACUGAUAAGUCACAGCAAUCUGUGGUGUCGGAUGAAGAGGGACAAACUGAAAAUGUCCUUGCUGUUGCUUGGCAAGAUAUGGAAACGAUCAAAGAUAGUUUGGUUGCUGCUCGACAACAUGAGUUCUACAUGAGGAAACUUUUGACUGAAGUGGAAGCCUCUUAUGUCGAACUUAAGAAAUGGCACCUGAUAAAUAUUCGUAACAUUGUAAAGUUUAGGACAACAGAUGAAAUAUAUCCUGAAUUUAUGAAGAUGUCUGAAGCAUGGGCUGGACUUCUUGAUGAGAAAAGUCAUUUAGAGAACAUUAAAUAUAUUUACUGGAAUCUACACAGUUUUAUGCAGGUUCUAGAAACAUUGGAUCAAGAUCUGCUGUAUGCAUUGGCUGGAGACACUCCAAUUCUAUCAGAUGCUCAACGUAUGGUAACUGGGUUUCAUAUUGAUCCAUCACUAGUAAAAUGUGAAGUCAUAGAACCUUCCAAAGUAUCUGAUAUUGAUCAGCUUCGAAUACAGUACCAUGGAUUUUGUGCAGGCAUGCUUGUACUUGGAAAAGGAGCACUUAUUCCUGGGAAUCCAAACCUGGGCUUGUGUGUUUGGAAGGGCUUAUUCUAUGCCUUUUCAUCACUGGAGCAGGCCUACGAAUUUGGAAACAAUCCAGAUGAGUAUGUGAAUGCUGCUCUUCUUCUAGUAAGAACAAAGCCAGAAUUAAUCAGCUUUUUGAACCUCCAACAACAAAUUUGUGGUAAAAUACAUAUAGAUGGUGACAUGAGAGACCGGACAAGAAGAAGCAAGACUGUCAUAAAAAAAAAUCAAUCAGUACAAACGGAACUUCACCCUAUACCGACAUAUAUUGACCCUAAUUAUAUCUGGAAUGAAUGGGAACUUAAACGGAAUGCUGUCAGGCUGGCUAACAUCUGCAGAAGUAAAACACAUAGCACUCAGACUUACCAGAGCCAUAAACGAUCUACAAUUGCAUGUCAGACAACCAACAAGAAAACCGUGUCUUGUCAAACAAAGACUGAUGGUUCUACCAAUGUACCUACUUUAAAAAAUUUCAUUUUUGGAUUAAGAGGACGUACCGAUGCACAGCAGUAUUUAGUCACCCUUACAAGGCCAGUUAAUGAAUGAAUCAUAAUCACUUGGAAAUAAAACAGUGAUGUAAAAAGCAAACACUAUAAAUAUUCAUGAGUAGUAUUUUUAACUGUCGUCUUCCCACUUUCAACACAGUUUCUGUCGUAAGUUUAUGCACUGGCUUUCUGUUUACAACAAUUCUCUUUGUUUUAGACUUGAUGUCCCAUUUUCAGAAAAAGUGAAGAAAGGCUCUUUGAACUGUACCAAUAAUUAUAAUUUUAUGAUAUUUCUGUGAGCACACUAGCAAACAGAACCAGAAUGAAUCUUUCAUCUAACAACUAGCUCAGCUUUUAUCUUAAAAACAGGGAACAAUAUGUGGAAAUAGAUCAGGAAAGGGAUAAUGUCAUUAGGAAAUAUAAUUCCAAGCUACUGGCUGUUAAAUAUGAAGUGCCACAUGGAUCAGUAAUGAGUCCUGUUCUGUUCUUACUCUAUGUAAAUGACCUAAACAUAGGCAAUGACAGCAGUAAAAUAUUUCAUUUGCUGAUGAUACGAGUGUUCUGAUUAGAGGAAAUGCAGAAGAAACUCUUGUAAAAAACAUGAGAGAAGCCACUGACAGGCUAACAUGUUACUUUGAUGACAAUGACUUAAUAAUAAACACUGGAAAAACUGUAGCUAUUUAUAUACACACAGCACAAACAAAAAAUCUGAUAUCACCCAAUCUAGAGCUAUAUGGACAGACAAUUGCCAAAACAGCCUGUACCAAAUUUCUUGGACAUCAUCUAGAAGACAACUUGAAAUUGAAAGCACAUAUUGAACAAAUGAACAAAAAGCUAAGUGCUUCUUGUUUUGUGUUACAUCAAUUAAAAAAUUGUGCCAGCUACUGCACUCUUAAGUGUGUACAUUAUGCAGUGGUACACUCUCACCUCCGGAAAGGGAUUAUGUUCUGGAGAAAUUCUGGAGAUGCCAUCAAAACACUGAAAACUAAAAAUAAAAAAAAUUAUAAGAAUAAUGGAAGAGGUAGAUAAUCACAAAUCAUGUAGACCACUGUUUCAAAAAAGUAUGGUCCUGCCACUUCCUUGCAUAUAUAUACUUGAAAAUAUAAUGUAUUUAAAGCAAAAUUUACAUGCAAAAAGACCACUCAUCACUCAGAAUCACACGAUACACAGCUAUGAUAUAAGACAAAAAUUGGAUGUACAUGUUCAAAGCGCCAACACAAAGUUAUUUCAAAACGGUCUUAUCUAUCCUAGUAUCAAACUAUACAGUGCCUUACCAGAUACCAUUAGACACAUACAAAAUAUUGGUCACUUCAAAUCUAAAUUGAAGUCGUACUUGGUUGAUCACUGCUUUGACACAGUAAAUGAAUACCUAAAAAAAUAAUUUUGCUAUGUUGAUCCAAUGAAGUCUCAUUCAGAAGAACAUUUGUAUUUUAUCUCUCUGUAUAUAGUGUAACAACAUUUAUUUAAGUAUUCACAUCAUUUAUUAAUAUAUUAAUGUGUGUUAUUGAGUACAAAGGUAUAUUAUAUGUAAAACUGUUAGUAUUAACAUAAAAAUCCAAAUAUUUCUUGCACAUUGUGCAGCUGUAGAUGAAAAUGGAUCAAUAAAUCAAAAUCAAAUACUUUUCUA